UGGGGCCGAAUUACCGAUACACGAUGGACCAUUGCGUAUAUAAGUUUUGCAGUAUUACAAAUGAUAAUAUCCGUUUCAUUAGAAGCUAUAAUAUUGCAAAGAAAUGAAAUAAGCCAUUCAACAUUAGAAGCAUAUAAAAUUCAUGACACUGCUGAUACCCCAAAGAUAGCAUAUAAAAAUUAUACAUAUUCUAAGUAUACAAUGCAAUUUCAAUCGAUUGAACAUGGAAAUAUAUGGUUUAUGGUGUUUCAAGCUUUUCUAGUUACAUUAUGUAUUUCUGCGGUAUUCUUUCAAAAUACUAUAGAGUUAAUUUCAAUAGCACUCAUCAAUAUAUGUUUAAUAUGUGCUGCGGGAUUACAAAUUUAUCAAAGUAAUAAAUGGAUUAAUCGAGUUAAUAUGCAAAUUGAUUCUGAUAAAAAUAACGGGAUCCAAGGCCUAGAAAAUUUAAGUGAUAAUGUGAUUAUGUGGGAAGGUAUUCAACUAUUUAUCUUGAUAGUGUUUGAUGCUGCUUCAAUGUUCUUUGGAUACAAGUUAUAUAAACAAUUUGGCUGGGAUAUCUACAAGAAAAUAGGCGCCCAUAUACAGAUGCAAAGGAUAUAUCGAACAUAUCUUGUAUUCCUUUUGCUACUGAAAUUGGAUUUCUUUCUCUUGAUUUGUUUCCAAAUUCUUAACUUGGUUUUCUUGUUUAAUGAUAAUGAGGAGCAGACACGUAACAUUAUUUUCCAAAGUAUCAUGGUCGCAAGUGUUAUCCCAAUGGUUGGUUUAGCAUUAUGGGGGGUCCGUAGAGAAAAUAUAGUAGCGAUGUUCCUUUUUACAGUGACUUCUGUAAUUACAAUAGCGAAUUUUCUUUAUAUUUUGGCUGAGUUUAUCAUUAAAAGGGAUGAAUUCCUGCUAACGUUUUUGGAUAUUCUUGGUAUCUUAUUAUCCAUAAUGUCAAUGGUGGUUGCAUAUUUGGCUGUAUUAAAUUUUGACAGUGGCUUGAGAGAUUAUUUUCAAAGAAGAAAUCAUGAAGGUGCUAUCAAUUUGGAAUCUGGUGGUCAAGGACAACGAAUAACGCCGCGGUUUUCAAUUGAUGACUAA